AUGACCCAGGACUUGUGUCCUACUCCCUCCCUAGGCCCUCACAGCCUGAGAAUAUUCGGCACCGCCCUGUCCGGACCUGGCGGGGGAAAGUCCCGGCACAUUGUCGUAGCUUACGUGGACCACUCGGAAAUCGCUCGGUUCGACAGCGACGCCCCGAAGCCGAGGCUGGAGCCGCGGGUGCCAUGGAUGGAGCAGCCGUGGGUGGAGCAGGAGCAUCCACAUUUUUGGGAAGAGAAGACGCGGGUCAUCAAAAACUACGAAAAGAUGUAUGGAGGGAACGUGAACAACCUGCGCGCCUACUACAACCAGAGCGAGGACGGGUCUCACACCUUCCAGGAAAUGAGGGGCUGCGUCCUGGGGUCAGAUGGUCGCUUGCUCCGCGGGUUCAGUCAGUUCGCCUACGAUGGCACCGACUACCUCGCCCUGAAUGAGGACCUGCGCUCCUGGACGGUAACCGACACAGCCUCCCGGAUCACCUCGCAAAAGUUGGUGCAGGUCCCUGAUCUGGACUGGAGGGGGGAACUGGAGGACAAGUGCGUGCACUUGCUCAGCCUGUUCCUGGAGAAGGGGAAGGAGAUGCUGCUCAGAGCAGAUCCUCCAAAGACACACGUGACCCACCACCCCAUCUCUGACCAUGAGGUCACCCUGAGGUGCUGGGCCCUGGGCUUCUACCCUGCGGACAUCACCCUGACCUGGCAACGUGAGGGGGAGGACCUGACCCAGGACAUGGAGCUUGUGGAGACCAGGCCUGCAGGGGACGGGACCUUCCAGAAGUGGGCAGCUGUGGCCGUGCCCCCUGGAGAGGAGCAGAGAUAUACGUGCCAUGUGCAGCACCAAGGGCUGCCCGAGCCCUUGACCCUGAGAUGGGACCCUGCUUCUCAGACCACUAUCACCAUUGUGGGCAUCCCUGCUGUCCUGGGUCUCCUUGGAGCUGUGGUCACUGGAGCAGUGCUGUGGAGGAGGAAGUGCUCAGGCAGAGGCAGGGAGAGCUACACUCAGGCUGCCUGUAAGUCUGGGUGUUGGGGAGGUGACAUCUGGGACCCUUGGGAGAGUGUGGGCUGGAGUCUGUGAGGGGGGCUCCCCCACCCCAUAACUCUGCUGUUGUGUCUUCCCCAGACAGCAACAGUGCCCAGGGCUCUGAUGUGUCUCUCAC